GUCGCCGUCGCCGUCGCCGUCGCCGUCGUCGUCGCCGCUGCUGCCGCUGUCGUCGUCGUCGUCGUCGUCGUCGUCGUCGUCGUCGUCGACGUCGUCGCCGUCGUCAUCGAGCGCACAUUAUCACUACUUAUCUCGGUAUUUGGCACUGGUAUUCCGACACGGUUUAUCGUGGAAUGGCAGCAGCCUUAAAGAAAAAUUACUCACGCAGAAGAUUGGCCGCCCUCACAUUCCUCUCCAACAUCUCUCUUGACGGCAGUCACCGGGACACCAAGUUAGCCGUCUUGUCACAAAGUGGCCCGACUCAUGAGCGUACUCUAAGUGAUGGCCAAUCGGAUCAACAAACAGUGCUCGAAGCAUAUCAGAGCGCUGACUUUGAAGUUUCCAUGGAAGAGGCUCUAGAAGAUUGCCCGGAAGAGGAGACGCAUGAUUUUUCACAAAAUGAAAUAAUAGAGCAAACCGACUCUCCGCAAUUAGUGCAUAAAGGCACCGAUCAUAACUCCUAUAGUUCUGAUUCGGAUGGACUACUCACACCUGCCAAGGCAGCAGUUACCAUGUUCUUAGAGCAGGAGAGAAAUCACCUGCAAUUGUCUUAUGGCAUGCAUGGUUCGUUUAGAGAACGAACCGGAACUACCGGAAGCGACUAUUCUUUACCUGAAAGACGUGUGGGUUCUUUACAAUAUAAGAAGCGCAUAAGUCAUCAAACAUCUACGCUUUCGGAAGACAUUAAGCACCAAUACAAUAGUAGCAGUGAGAGCAUUGGCUCCAUACAUUCAAAAGCCCAAUUAUCAAAAUCAAAGACAAAGGCAGUGAACAGUGUGCAACCUAUUUCUACAAAUAGUAGCAUAAUACCAGAAGUUGCAAAGGAAUUGCGUUUGAUACAACGACCUGUGAAUGGCUAUAAAUUUGGUGAUGAUAGACUGGUCUUGGUAUCAAAUCAGCAUGUACCAUUUGUAGUAUUUUCUGCUAUUCCAUAUAACAAAGGACAACGUUCUAGUUGGUCAGAAUUACGUAAAGACACAAUUCGAAGAAAAAAUGUAUCAUCUCAAAGACCAUUAUCAGCAAUUAAUGAUAAUAUUGAUCCAUUUGGAUUGCUGGGUAUAGAACAUGCUAAAGAUGGCCAGGAAAUAUCUUAUGGACAAUUACUUGUACCAUCUAGACAAUUCCAAAGGGAUAAAAAAUUAAACUUUAAUGAAAAUGAAGCUAUGGAAUUUACGCAUUUUAUACCUAAUAAACAUCAUGUGGUACAAAGGACAAAAACAAUUACUUGGAAUGUGGAUCACAAAAAAUGGUGUCUAUCUUAUGAUACAGCUACAAGUCGGGCUCAUUAUAUAACUUCUGAGUCUCCACCAGUGUCUUUCAGUGCUGAUUCCAAAGCUUACGAAUGGGAUGAACAAUCUGCUGCUCAGUAUAAUCCAAAUUUAUUAGAUGAUCCAGAACUUAUCGCUGGGAAACAUAGAACGCUAUUGACAUUCACAUCAUAUAUGGCAUCUGUUAUCGAUUAUGUAAGACCUUCCGAUUUGAAAAAAGAAUUAAAUGAUAAAUUCAAGGAGAAGUUUCCACACAUUCAACUCACUCUUAGUAAGCUUCGUAGUUUAAAACGGGAAAUGAGAAAAAUAGCUAAAUUAGAGUAUGGCAUCGAUUUACUUACUGUUGCAAUGGCUUAUGUAUAUUUUGAGAAGCUUAUUCUUCGAAAUAUCGUAACAAAGCAAACACGGAAAUUAUGCGCUGGUGCUUGUUUACUUCUUGCAGCAAAAUUAAAUGAUGUGAAGGGUGAUAUUCUUAAAUCACUCAUUGAGAGAAUUGAGGGUGUAUUCCGUUUAAAUCGCAAAGACUUAAUUACAUCUGAAUUUGCCGUAUUGGUGGCUUUAGAAUUUGGUCUGCAUCUGCCAACAUGGGAAAUAUUUCCUCAUUAUCAGCGAUUGAUCUAUGAGUCCUGACAUUCUUUCGUUCUUUCUAUGCAAUCUCAAAAUUUCUUUGUGAAAAAUCUCACCAGUAAAGCAUAUCCAUAUUAAUCUUAAUUUAAAAGCUAUAUAUU